GUUCUUUGGACGCCAGUGACAACUCUGCUAGUUCAAUAUUUCAAUUUUUGCAGCGCGUCUCGCCCAAUUUUCCGCAAUUAAAUUCCACCAGCAAGGCCAUCAACAAAUAUGCUGUCAAGCCACAAAACUUCUAUGUUGUACUUUUAGAAAAGUAAUAUUUGUUAAAGUGAGCGUGUGAGUGCUGGGAUUAGAAUCUACGGAAGUCCUUUUCGUUGGUGCUGUGCUGUUGUUGUUUUUGUUGCUUUCGCUGCUUCUGUCGCCCUGUAUACGCCCUUGCGUAUAACAAUGGACAUGGAAUACGCCAACAUCAAUGAAUUUAAUGACCGCGACCUAGCGACACGCAUGCGCAACAGCAAUUAUGAAAAAUACAAGUCUCUGGUGCGCAUGCACCUCUCCUUCGAGCUGGAACUAAACACCGACGAGUUCGACUUGCCGUGCCAUGAAAUCGUCUAUGAAGAUAAGGGCAAGAUCAAGAAGUGGAAUCGCCUCUCCAAGAAAAAUCGCGGACCUGCAACAGGCUGCACGGCUGGGGCAGGCAGUAAGUCGGCGGGCAACAGUCCCACUGAAACGCUGCAGCAACAAAUUGAUGCAGGCUUUCUGAUGCACCUGGAGGAGCUCAAAGUGUUUCUUAUGCUGGAGAAGAAUCUCACCCAGGAGGGGCUCUUUCGCAAGACAGGAGCCGUUUCCAGGCAGAACGAGCUACGAAUGCACAUACAGCACGACCAGCCCUUGGAUUUGGAAUUGACAGGAUUCUCGGCUCACGACUGUGCCACUGUUUUUAAGAGCUUUCUGGCCGAGCUGCCAGAGCCUUUGCUUACAGACGCCCACUAUCCAGCACAUCUUCAGAUAGCGCCGCUUAGCCAGGCAUUAAUGGGGGGUCUGGUGGCGGCUACCGCAGAGCGCCAACGACAUCUUCUCAACUCGGUGCAGCUGCUCCUUCUCCUGCUCCCCGAAGAGCAUCGCGAGUUACUGCAGCACAUUAUUGAAAUGCUCCAUUCGGUGGCAGCGCGUGAGGAGAGCAACAAGAUGUCCGCGGAGAAUUUGGCCACCUUGUUUACACCGCACCUGAUUUGCCCCAGGCAAAUGCCGCCUGAGGUGCUCCACUAUACGGCGAAGAAGAUGUCCAGCAUUGUGUCCUACAUGAUUCAGCAGGGUCUGGAAAUCUUCGAAGUUCCCGGAAAGCUAGCCACCGAUAUUCGGGCGUACUUUCUUGAGCGCAAACGCAAAAAAACCAUGUCACCGGAGCAAACCCUUGACGAAUCCAUCUCGGACGUCUCGACGGUCAACACGGUGUACACUUUUGUAGAUCGUGCCGCCACGGCAGCGGCGAACAACAGCAAUAACACGGACACUGCACUGGCGCAGCUGUACGCGCACAUUCAGAGCCUCCCGGAGUCCUCCAAGAAGCGUCGCCUCAUCAAGCAGUUUAACAAGCAAAACGGACAAGGCACACCGCUGCAGGUCGUUGUAAUGAAUCGUCUAAAAAACAACGAGGCCACUCGCAGUGCCAAGUCCUUGGGGGACUCCAUCAAAAAGCACAUCUUCCACAAGAGCCUCAUGUCGCGCACCCCUAAGAGAGUGCCCCCCAGCUUUCAUCCUGAGACGCCCAAUCUGUCGCAUGUAAAGCAGCCCAAGCUGCGUGUGCUGUUCCAGAGUCCCUGUCCACCGACACCCACCUCAUCGAAGGGCACAAGCUCCACAUCCACCGUCACCUCUACCUUCAUUGCUACUAACUCCUUGCAUCAGCUUCAGAAAUCCAUCUCAUCCACAUCGCUCAAGAUUGAGUCCUCGUCCUCGGACAGCAGUUCCAGCUGUAGCAUCUCUGCUCCCGCCAGUCGUCAGCAAUCGAAUGAGCUGACUGGAAUGGUUUGUGCUGUCCAAGAAGAGCACGAGAUAGACGCUAGUUGCUGUGUGACUCCUCUGAAGCUUAUUUCAGCGGCUGCCAAGCAGCUGAUCGACAAGAAGAGCGUGGCCUGGGACGACCAUCGUCUGUUCGAGAUUGAGAAGUACUCGAAUCCCUCUACACCCGUGCAGCAGUCCACACGCUACAAAUCGGAGCCUAACCUUUCGAGUAUUCUGCCCCAGGUUCCAGACGAAGGAAACGUCGAUGGCGACGAAGCUCUCACUCCGAUUGUUGAAGUGUCCAGCUCAAUGGCUGCCAGCAGCUGCAGCCACAUGGGCAAGUUGAUAACUCGCAAAUUGAUGAAGGGCGUGAGCAUGGGCAAUUUAAGAUUCCCGUUCAGCACGCCGGAAACGACCAAACGAUUGGUGCGCAGUGUUUCGGCCACCCUAAGAAGGCGUCCCAGUGGGGAUGAGGGCAAGCACUUCCCGUCGGCAGCAGAUGCUCCUCUUCUUGAGGACGUGGACGGUAGCGAUGAAGAUGACGAUGAGGAUGGGGAAGAUGACGAUACAUUAUCAGAGUCCAAUGGCAGCUCCAAUGAACUGCCUGCGAUGACCGUGGGCUACCAGCAGAUCCUCCAGAGCAGCGUGUAUCGUAACAUGGAUCUCAUAACGAGCACACCAGCUCUCCACAUGGGCCGCCGUUCAAUGUCGCCCAUCACCAAAUCGACGCAGCGCAUGCCCAAGGCCAUGCAGGAGUCUAUUAUGACGCCACGCUCCCGCAAACCCGUUAUGCUGCUCAAUGCCUUGGCUGGCAAUGGCGACAAGCAGCUUAACCUGAGCUUAUCCGAGCAAGAUGAACAGGACUCCCUGGCCGGGACCCCCGUGAAGCAGCGCGAACCACCCUCUCUCCAUAGCGAGGACGCUACUUCACUUGGCGGCUAUGCCGAGAUAUUGAGACAUCAGCAGGGUUAUGGCUUACUCAGCUCUAGACAGCGUACGUGCAGCAGCAGUAACAGCAAUAGCAAUGAGGAGUCCAAGCCUCCAAACGCUCUGUCCAGUGAUUUCAAGGAAUAUCUGCUUACACGCAGUGUGCUGACUGCCAGCCCGACGGAUUUGUCGUUUGCCAGUCGCUCGGAUGACUUCGGUGGAGCCAGCACCACCCAAGAUAUCGACGACUUCGAUGAGGCCGAGCUGAGUCCCACUUUGCUGUACUGCUUGGAUGGCAAUGAACCUGCUGCAAUGGUCUCGCCCUUGUGCAAUGGCAAUGUUAAUGCCAGCGUCACAAACGGUCGCAAACGAUCGGCCGUCACACCCCUUAAGUCUCAACUGAUCACAGAUGAUGCGGACAACAAGGAGAACAUGAAUGUUCAGGAGGAGCACGUGCGCACCAAAAAGCUGCUUAUUACUUCUUCCGAGGAGUAUCCAGGCGAAACAGCCCUCUAGCCUUAAAUAGUACUCGUAAAUGUGUAGUUUUUCAAAAUCCUAACGUUAAAACCGUUGUACGGUUUUAAAAAAUCAUCCCUCAUCAAAAUGUUCAAGAAAAAUAUUGCUUCCGUGAAAUUGUUUUCGGUAUGACACGUGUCCCGCUUUUUAACUGACCGCGUUUUGAAGUUAAGCUAAGAAUAUUACAUUAUAAAUGCAUGCCGCCUCAAAAACAUUACAUUACAUAUUAAAGAAAGUGUAUAUCACAACAGUUAAAGAA